AUGUACACGGACGUCGGCAUGUCGACGGUCGAGCGAGUGCGGUGGCUGUGCGGCUGGAUGGUCCUGGUCUACGCGUUGACGUGCUGCGCGUGGUUCGCCUGGCCGGCAUACACAGUUCCAGUCGUGGGGGUCCUCACAGGCACUGGAGGCUUGCUCGCGUGCCAACGCCCGCACGAACGGACUUACUUGACGUACGUGCUCAUGUUCUUGGCGCUGAACUACGCGCAGCUUGUGCUACUUGUCUGGCUGGUCGUCAUUGAACUUCCUGCAGAACUGACGGCGACGUGCACUGGAAACUGCGCCGGGGAAGAAACCAAGGCGGUGUUUAUC